AUGAGAUCAGUGCUCCUCGCCAUAUCUUUUACCUCCAUGUUUCUGCUUCCAUCCUCUUCUUCCUCCCCAACUCACGGGUCAUCAGACCCGCAAGAACAUCUCAAUGGGUUCAACAGCUUGACAGCAGCAGCAGAUGUUGAGAAACUUGCGAGGGGCCACGGUGGAACAGCCGGAAGUGGAGGGUCAGGUGGUAUACCAGACAGCAACAGCGGCGGUGGAAACGUGCCUGCAGGAGGAGCAGUGAUGCCUGUAAUAAUAGCUGGUGCAGCAAACAACAAUCACCAUCAGAACAACCGCCGAGGAGCUUCCACUUGCAACAUCAGCAACAUCAACAUCUACUGGAGAGGGCUAGUAACCUUUGUUACUACAGUCACCUUGGCCUGUCUGCGGCAGCAGUCCAUGUGCAGUUAG